AUGGCUUCGGAAGCCUCGGUAGAUGCUCUGAAAGUGGACGAGUCCCGCUUUCAAGGUGAAGGAUCCGACUUGACCCUCUUACAUUGGUUGAGACAUGCCGAACAAGCCAUAGAAUCACUCGAACCAUCCGACCUAUCUCCUACCAUCCCUUCCUUACAUGCCUUCUUCCUCAAAAUACUGCUUCCGACUGCUCAACCGACUUUACCCAAACCAGGUAGACCCAUCAGACAUCUAGUCGUGCGAUGUCUCGUCAAACUUCAUCAGAGGGUAGAGUCCAGGAGUUUGUUCGAUUUUGUGCAAGCUCUGACGAGAGCAGUGGGAGAUGGUGGAAAUAAGAAUAUGAGCGCGAACGAGAAUGUCGCAAGAGUAGCGAGCUGGUAUGCUAUUGGCGAGAUCAUCAAAGUCCAUGGAGCCAAUAUGAUGUCUUUCAUGGGUGAAAUCUGUACAUCUUCAACCAAAGUAUUGAAAAAUUCCAAUCUUUCCGUCAUUCUACGAGUCCAUGCUAUCCUUGCAUUCUCAAAAUCCCUCCAGUCAGCCGGCAAAGCUCUUCCAGAUGGAUUGUUGAGAGAUCUCCUCAAGUCACUCCGCAACGGUAUACAAGACAAGGCUCUUCCCGUUCAGCGAGCUUGCGCCGAAGCGUUUGUGUCACUUCAUACCAACACAUCACUACUCCAACUUGAGCAAACAAUAGAUAUGGUCACCCCCUUAGUCCUGAAGAGCUUGGAAGGAGCGGAUUAUCUGACGAGGAGGUCAUUGAGUCGACUACUUGCUCAUUUCAUAGCUGCAAGUCAAGUGCCAGGAUCAGGAGUAGCACCUACAGAAUCAAGCAAGAAAGGUUCAGCCAAAGAAGGUGAAGACAAUUCGAAUGAACCGACGGUGAUGACAUCAGCAGCCCAAGAUAAAUCGUCCAAAACUCUACUCAACACCCAGGAAAUGCUCAAAUACCUCUCAGUACCAUAUAACAAACCCCACACUCCUCGAAGACUAAGAAAUGCCAUAAUCGAUGUAUACGCUACCCUUUUCACUUUCCUUGGAGGAGACUAUGUCGAAGCUCAUUAUGCCGAGAUCGUCAAGCAUAUGAUGGACGAGAUAGUCAUAUUCCAAAGAGGUCAAACGUCAAGAUAUGAUACGCUCUCCACCAGAGACUCAGUCAUACUGUUACUUCGCGAUUUGAUCGGUGUCAGAUUGUUAUCGGAGCCAGGUCAAGUCUCGGCGAUUCGUGAAUUGACGAAUAGCUAUUUGAAGAAAUGGCAGCCUACCCCUCUACCUGGUCAACCAAAGAUGAACAACCAAGUUCUUAUAAUCGCUUUACGGGAAAUCGCUGGAUUACUAGAACAGCUCGGUAAUGCACCUCCAUCGAUAAUCGAGUUAUUAGCGGAACCUCUAGUCCGCUUGCUAUCACACGAAUCAUACUCUAUCCGAUUGGCUGCUUCAUACACCCUAAGAAGGUUUUGUACCAUCAAUCCAAGUCAAUUACCUCGAAUGCUCAAUAUCCUCCUGGCGGAUGUGACUAAGGAUCUGGGUAUGCUUGGAACACCAACAGCAUCGAAGGAAUUACCUAAUCGUGUUAUCGGUAAAUCGUUCGCUCUUUCCGCUUUAAUCGCUGUCAGUCCAGCUAGACCGCUCUAUGUGUCGCACGAUAUCUCGUCAAAGGUAUUCGACUUAUCUGUGUCAUUACUCAAACAAGCUGGCGACCACGAAAUACCUAUUGCGAUGGUGGAAGUUCAAGUAGCUUGGUACCUCAUUGCAGCUCUUAUGAGUCUCGGUCCUUCUUUCGUCAAACUCCACUUACCUCAACUAUUGGUUUUGUGGAGAAACGCGUUACCAAAACCGACAAGCAAAGAUACCUCGGUUGGUGAGAGGGGAGAAGUGGAAUGCAGUUUCUUGCUAUUAGUGAGGGAGUGUACCCUGGCUGCUGUUUUGAACUUCUUACGGCACAAUCAAUCUUUAGUCAACAUCGAUGUGGCCAGAAGACUUUCCACAUUGUUUACCAACUCGCUCAACUUCGUCAAUGGAUUCGCCACUGCAUACGCCGAAGCGUUAAAAGAACAAGCCAAUAAUACUGCUGGUACUCAAUCACCCGUCUUUACCGCUCGACCAUCGUUAGUGGAAAGGGAAGCCAACUUACGUAGAAGGGUCUUACAAUGUUUCACGACCCUAGGGCCUUCCUCUGCGACGGAGUCGAUGCAAUCUGCCCUCCUGCAAGCUGCCAUAACGGUGUUUGCUGAUCCCGAAAAUUAUUCGGGUUCAGCUGCCCAGGCUGCUAUAGCUGCUCAAUCUGGUCAUUUCACUACUAUCUGGCAAUCUACCGACGGAUAUGCUUUUGGCGUGACUAGCUUGUUAGGUGCGAGAGAAGGUGAAGGUGGGAUCGAAGCUGAGGAGGCGUUCCUAAACAGAGAUAGAGUAGAAAUGGCUAUCGAAUCACAGCUAUCGCAUCCAAUCCUUGGAUCUUUAGAGCACGACUUCCUUGAAUUACUAGUAUCCAAACCUCUGCCUACUCCACCCAAACCUGCUCCUCCACAGACCGGAGUGAUAGACUCUGGAGUUGAGCUGUUCGCUGUCAUGUUCGCUCACCAAAACGCUGAAGGUCAAGUGCAAUCUCUCGCCACGCUGUCGAGUCACAUGCGAUCGAGUAAAUUGGAGAAGAACGCUGGAAGGAAACAAGCGGUCGUGGCUAAUACUAUGGCAGCGUUGAGGAAGAGUCUGGGCAAUGUUGAAAAUGCUGGUCAGAAGGCUAAGCGAUCCCUGGGAAGUGCGCAGGUCAGCGAUUUGAUCAAAUCGCUUUUACAGGAUGCUAUAUUCGAUCCUAGCCCUAGUAUUCGAUCUUCUGCGGCCGAGUCUAUGGGUAUCCUAUCUGCCUUAGCCGGAUCGUCCUACCUAUCAUCUCAAGUCCAAUGGCUAGUGGAUCAAGUGGUCAAUAAUCGAGUUCCCGAUUCUCGAGCCGGCUGUGCGCUGGCUUUCGGUGCGAUAUAUAGUAAUGUCGGAGGCUUAGCUGGUGGACCGAUCCUGAAAACUAUCGUCAACAUCUUGAUGUCUCUUGCCACCGAUCCUCAUCCAGUAGUCCACUUUUGGGCUAUGGCUGCUCUGACUCAAGUAAUCAACGCUGCGAAUCUGUCAUACGAGCCUUUCGUCCCCACCACUCUAGGAAUGUUAGCCAAUAUAUACAUGUUGGAAACUCAUGAACCCGAUGGCGGAUCGCUCGGAUCAGUCAACCUUCGAGGGGAUUUACCUGCCUAUCAAGUGAUCUGUCGAUUACUUCAUGCCCUCAUAGGUGUAUUGGGACCAGAAUUACAAGAACCUGGAAAGAUUCGAUCAUUGGUUUUCCUUUUGGUACAUGAAUUCAGCGAAGAAACGGACGAAGGUCUAGCGGUAGAAGCUAUAAAAUGUGUUCAACAAUUCUUAAUGUUCGCUCCGUCAGAAGUGGAUAUACCCAAGCUUGUGUCGACUUUCCGAUCUCACUUGGCAUCGACUAGAAGACCCCUGAAGGUUGCUGCUAUAACUGCUUUGUAUCAGAUCGUUCAGAGAGAUGCUGUACUGAUCAGUAAAAUCGGAGGAAAUCAACUAGUUGAGGAUCUAUUCGGACUAUUGGAUGAUGAUCCGUCGAUCGAAGGUGUUAGACAAGUGAUUACUUCAUGGUUGCAGCAGACUGCCGCUGCUCUACCUUCAGGUUGGAUAGAUCUCUGUCAGAGAAUCAUGACUCGUACCGUUGCUCAAAAGCAGAAACAGAACCUCUCUCAACAGCAAAAUACGGGUGGUGGAGGUGGACCUAAGUUCAUUGAUGAUGAAGGUGAAUCGUUCUCUGGUUCAGCAUCUGCUUCAGCCCAAACUUCCAAUGCUUUAUCAUCAAGAUGGAGAACCCAGCUGUUCGCUUUGGAGUGUCUCCAUGAGAUCAUCCAGUCUGUCAAAGAGCAUAAUAAACUGGAGAAUUUCAAUCCCAUCUUAGCUAAACAGAUGGGAUCCAACCCGAAACAUCUACUGUUCAGUAGGAUAGGCGAUCUGAUCAAGAUGGCUUUUAGUGCCAGUGCGGCGUUGGUCAUGCAGGUUAGAUUGCAGGGGCUGAUCGUUCUGAGGGAUGUCAUCGAGCACUUUGCCAAUUCUCCUGAUCCCGAUUUCGAAUCUUCCCUCUUACUCGAACAGCACCAAGCCCCCAUCGCCGCUGCUCUCACACCGUCCUUCGGAUCGGACUCUGCCCCUGAAGUGCUUGCUUCUGCAGUACAGGUCUGUGCGGUCUUUGUGGGAAGUGGUGUAGUCAAAGAAGUUGGUAGGAUGGGUAGGAUUUUGAAGCUUCUGACCGGAGCGCUGGAACAAUGUAAAUCCGGAGAAGUUGUCUCCCUUGGAGAUGUAGAUCAACUUUCCACCAACGCCGCUAUCAUGCUCAAGAUAUCAAUUCUCACGGCUUGGGCUGAACUCAAGAUAUCCAGUACGAAACAGGCAUACCUCACUGACGUUAUCAAGCCAUAUCGAUACCUCCUUGGACCGUUCUGGAUUGGUGCUUUGAGGGAUUAUGCACAGUUGCGCACUGAUCCUGAGAUGGGCGGUGGUGGGUUGAGCGGCAUGGGUGCAGGGCUGGAUAGUGGGAAUGCAGUAGGGAGAGAGGUCUUGUUGCCUUAUUACGAAGCCGCCGUGCCCAACCUAUUGCACGCCGUUGCCAUCUCCCUCUCACUGUCCGACCCAUUCGCUCUUGGCUCAAUGGACGGUCAAAGUUUUGAUUCCCCUUCGGAACCAGCCAAUUUCAGAUUAUCGGUCAAAGAAGAGCCCACCGCUAACUUCUAUAUCUUAUAUGGUCUCUCCUUCGAAUCGCUAUUGAAAUCACUUGGCGAUCAUUCCAGCGCUCCCUAUUCCAAGGCAUGUUUGAAAUUGAUGAGCAGCUUGGUCCGACCGGGUCUGAGCGGAACGAGGGUCUUCGAAUCGCAAAUCUUCGAUGAGCUGUGUACACUCACAUAUCGAAUUGGCUUGAGCGAGUUGGCCAGUGUGAAAUACGAGAUGAUCGAUUGUAUCUCGACCUAUGCCCUCUCACGUAAAGGUCUAGAAGGAAAGUUGGAUCAGGAACAUGUAAGGAGGAUAUUAGCCAUAAUUGUAUUCAAUCUUAGGAAUUGCAUCUCAUCAAAGGAAUUAAAUAUCAAAUCCAAUUUCUCUCAUCAAGAUUCUUUGGUAGACCGAACGAACCUCAUCAAAAUCAGUUUCAACAAUUACGGUAAAAUUGUUAACGAGUUGAUUGAUCAUUCACAAAGAGCCGAUCUGUUCGCUGUCGGAAUACACCUCUAUCUCGAUUUAUUGAUUGACGAAUCUACCCAAGGCGUGGAACUGGUUCAAGGUAGCUUGGGAUGCUUGAAAGGUUUGAUAGAAGGUUUUGUAGCUGGACAAGUACCUGGGGUAGAUAGUGCUGAGAGAGUCGUACAUGGUUUAUUGGGCGGGUGUCUAGCGAAUAUAGAUGAUAUGAGAACUCGAGUCAAUACAGCUUCGAACAUUAAGAUCAAAAAUAAUUUAUUGGCUAUCACCCUCGUUCUCACAACUUUACCUUCUGGGAUCAAAGUUAGUAAGAACUUGAUUGAGAGUGUGGCUUAUACUAUUGGUCAAUAUCUUGGUGCGGGUACGGAACGACCGGAGCUCGGUCUUACAGCCAUUCACUGCUCCUCGACCCUCCUCACUGCCUCAUUACGUCUCCUCCCUUCACCACUUGGACCCAACUCUCCUCCUGCACCGUCCCCUAUCCUUCAGCACGUCGCCUUGAACCUCCUAGGUCCAAUGAUCAACAAUUUGUCUGAAGUCGUGGUUUCUCAUGCUACUUCCUCUUCGGGAGACAAUAAUUCGUUGGAAGGGUUAAAGGAGAUAAUCAAAUCGUUGGUGAAUUACAUCACGACUCUACCUGAAGAAACGAAAUCAAGAGGAUACGGAAUUUUGUUGCCUACUUUAUGUUUAUUACUUGAUCCACCUGGAUCAUCCUCACCAUCGGGUCAAAGUCAAUUACAUACCAUCUCAACUGGUGUAAUGUUAGGUUUAGCUCAGUCAAAUCCUAUUUCAUUCAAGGAGGCGACUCAAGCGAUGGGAGAAGGUGAGAGGUCAGAAUUGGAAUUGGCCAUUAGAAAUGCUGUUGGUGGUAGGAAUCAGGGUGGAUCGAAUACUGGAAUGACAGGAGGAGGAGGAGCGGAAAAGAAAGGGAUUGAAUUGAAAUCUUUUGGUUGA